AUGUUUCACUUUUAUGAUAUCAUUAUCCUCACAGAAACCUGGCUGACUCCUGACAUAAGUGACAGCGAACUUGGUUUCGCUGGCUUUCAAGUAAUAAGACUUGAUAGAAACCAUAAUAACAGCACUUCUACCCGAGGUGGCGGAGUUCUAAUUGCUAUCAAGGAUACCCGUUCCUUUCAACCUAUUUCACUAACCGUAUCCAAUGUUGAACAAGUAUUUGUAUUAUUGUCCCUAAACUCUGGCCACUUAUUGGUAGGAGGUGUAUACUUACCCCCUCGAUCCCCCCUUUCUGUAGUUGAAUCCCAUACCACUUCUGUUGAACACAUCAUUUCCUCUUAUAAACCAAAUUCCCUAGUCAUAUGUGGUGAUUACAAUCUCCCUAAUAUCAACUGGUCUUCUGAUGAAUUAGGAUUAAUCGGGACUAAUGAUCCCAGUAUAAUUUCCACAACUAUUAUUGAUUCUUUUUCUUACCUUAAUUUUUUCCAGCAUAAUUUCUUUCGCAAUAAUCAUAGCAGUAUCUUAGAUCUUGUCUUUUCCAACUGCAAUAGAAUUACAGUCAAUUUAGCAACGGAAUAUUUGGUUAUUCCUGAUCCUUACCACCCACCUCUUCACGUGGUCCUUCCUUCACAAUCUGACAAAUCAGUAGUUAAUACUCAUACUUAUAAAGAUUUUAAGGCUGCAAACUACCCUGCCAUAACGCAAUUUAUUAACUCCUUUAAUUGGGAGUUAACAUUUUCUCAGUACACAAUCGAAGAUGCAGCCUCUGUUUUUAAUGAAGCCCUACUUCAUGCUAUCGAUCUGUUUGUUCCCACAAAAAUAUUUAAAUUGCCAAAAUUCCCUGCGUGGACAUCUCCCUCCCUCAAAAAUCUUAUUUUGGAGAAAAAGCGAUCUCACGCACUCUAUAAGUGCUCGAGGUCCCCCUAUGACUACUCAGCUUUUUCCGAACUUCGUGCUAAAUGCAAGCGCCAAUCUAAAAUAGACUACCUGUCUUAUAUAAAAAAUACCGAAAACUCGUUAAAUCGCAAUCCCUCACUAUUCUGGAAAUCUAUUAAAAAUCUAAACCAGAAAAACACUAUACCCGCCACACUAUUUUGGAACAAUGAUAAGGUUGAUACUCCUCUUGGUUCGGCUAACCUAUUCUCUAAGUACUUUUAUUCUAUGUAUAACAACUCUAUUUAUCCACCCGUCAAUAUUUCUAAUAUUAAUACUAUUCCAUAUUAA